AUUCUGGCAACGUUGAUUGUUACACGUGGCCAGUAGCGGGGAAUAUUAGAUUUAAUGAUCGCUGUGUCGUUGUGCAGUAGAUUGCAGGAGCUUUCACAGAAUACUUUUAGUAACCAUAGUAUUAUAAUAAUUUAUUGAAAAACAACUAAAAUCAUGAAAUUCAUUCUCACAAUUUUGUUGGCUACUCUCAGUACAAUUUCCGUAGUUUCAUCCGAAAUUUGCCAUUCACCUGAAGUUUCGGCUUCAGCUUACGUUACGGAAGAUGCUACUAUUCUCACAGACAUCGCUUUUACAACACAGUUUACAUUAAGGUGUAGCAAUGGGGCAAAAGGAAUUUCAUUAUAUGCAGAAGUUGAAGGCAAAGCUCUACCUGCUGUAAGAUUAAGUUCUGACGACAAAUAUCAGGUGUCAUGGACAGAAGACAUCAGUCGAGCUCGCUCUGGCGAUUACAAUGUUAAACUGUAUGAUGAGGAGAGCUAUGCUGCUAUUCGAAAGGCUUACCGAAGUGGAGAUGAUCCUAGCAGUGUAAAACCUCUUGCCGUUGUUGUACUGAAUAAUCCAGGAGUUUAUGUAGGACCCUGGGUUAAUUCUGAACUUUUGGCAGCAUUUUUAGCUGCACUUGUUUCGUAUGCUGCAUUUUCAGCAAAAUCGAAACUCUUAGCUUAAGGAUAUUCUGAAUGUUUUUCAAUUUCUACAACUGUAAUUAUUUAAAUAGUUCAAUGUGCAAGAAACUAUGUAAUAUGUACAUUUUCACAAUGAACAUUUGUGUACGUAUUUAUACCCAACUUUUGUAUUAUGUAAAAAAAAUGUUUAUUUUCAAAAGAUAAAGGAAAUUGUGUGCAUUAAA